AUGAGGAAUGAGGCUCUAUUGGUGGUGCGGUUGGCGGAGCUGGGGCAAGGAGAUGGCCUGCUGAGCUCCAUUGAGGAAUUCCUUCGAAAAUUGGACAAAUGUGUUGAAAUAUGCCAUCGAAAGACAAAACGGCGAUGGCCUGACCUUGUGGUUUUGGUGGGAGGGGUUUGUGGUCAGCCAUUGGGGAGCUGCACGGGCGGCAUAGGGCAGAGUGAGGCAGUGGAUGGUGAUCCUUUUGGUUGCGAGGUCUGUGGGCACAGGGAUGGCCUACAGCGCGUUCUGGGGCUCCGCAGUGAAGUUCUUGGCCACCCGAGGCUACGACAACCACGUCAUUGA